GUCGAUACAUCCUUCCUCUCUCUCUCUCCCACCACACAUACACACGUACGCCGCAGUCAGCCUGCAUGCGUCCGUCCUCACGCCAGCGGGUGGCCGCCUGGCUGCUCACGCUGCCGUUGGGGAGAGGCAGCCGGCUGGAGAUGAUCUCGUUCUGGCUGCUGUGCUGGAAGCUGCUGAGAGCCACCGCCGGCUUGAGGAGGACACCCGCUGAGCUAACUGACGGUAACCACGACAACAGUAGCUCUGGCAACAGCAACCCAGUCAACGAUCCCCCCUCAGCAGAACAGCCCACUGAUCCUGUUACCAUGGAGAUCAGCUCCUCGCCGCCGCUCACCGAUCUGGAGAGCUGGAGCGGCCAGGAAGCAGAGGAACUUCACUACCCAGAGGGCCAUCUGGGGCAACAGCCAAUCACAGGAGAGCAGGAUGAAGAAGAGGUCACAGAGGAAGGAGAGGGAAAAGACGAGUGUGACUACCUAGUUUUUGAUUUGGAGCAGAGGAGAGAAGAAGAAACAAAGGCAGAAGAGAGAGGAGGAGACGACGUCGAGGGGAGAGGAACAGCUGAUGGAGGAGAUGAGAGUAAAACUGAGAGAGACAGAGAGGAGGAAGGAGAAAUUAAAGAAGAGGCAAAAGAAGAAGAGACGGCGGUCCAUGACCUCCUCCUCCAGGAGCAGCCCGACGAGCACAGAGACGACCUGAGCGACUGUCUGCAGGCUGAACUAGCUAUCGUCUACUCAGACAGCGACACAGGGGACGACCAGUGGGCAAGCUCCACCCCUUGUGAUGUCACCAAACAGGGAGAUGCAGGAGAGAGUAAGGUGGAAGAGGGUGGAGGUAGAGAGGAGGAGAGGAAGGCUGAGGAAGACGAGUCUCUGAGGAGUCGGAGGGACCUGUUCCUGAGGUCUCCAUCCUGUAGCUCCACAACCAGUUCCUGUGACCCCGACAGAAGGCUCCCCGCAGACUUCUGCGUUCAUCAGGAAACCCUCAGCGAGAACGUCUCCACUGAGCAUGUCGAUUUCAUGUUAGCCCGCCGCCAGUGGAGGAAGAUGGAGGAGGAGGUGAAAGGUCAGUCCAUCCCCAAACCUGGACUCAAAUCCCCAGGAAGCUUCCAGGGGACGCACUCCUCUCUGUAUCCACCUGCCCGAAGCCCCCGCCUCAAACACAGGGAGAUCCAUCCCCCAGCAUCCAGGGAGCCCCCACUGUCCUCCACUCUCUCCCCCAGCUCAGAGGACUCAGGCCUGGAUGAUUUAUCGUACCGAAGUCCCCUUGAGGAACCGGAAACUGCUGUGGAGCGAGAGAUCCGAUUGACAUUGGAGAGAGAGGAGAGACACCGCCGGGAGAGAGGAAUGAUUGCCCAAGGCCUCAAUAUACCCAGACCAUCCACACUGCAGACAGGAAGAUCUCCACCUAGACCUCCGGCCUGCCGUACACCAACCCUGUCCAUCUCCCCCUCCCCCUCCUGCUCCUCCUCCCUCCCACGGUCCGCCUACCAUGAGAUGACAGCCAAUAACGUCAUCAUCCUGGAGCCUGACGGCACCAGCCCUGCCUCCAGGACCCGCCUCCUCACCUCUGCAAUUGGGAGCCUCUCGGAUUGGCCAGCGAACCAGGAAGCCAUGACCACUGCCAACGUCAUCGUUGUGGAAACGUCUAAUCUAAUCAUUCGCAGCGCCUCUGAGUUCUGCUUAAGCUCCGCCCCCUUGUCCAUGGAAACACAGGAGAGCACGUUCACGUCAAAUCCGUUCUUCAAGCUGCGAUCGCUAAGCAGCCAGUCGUUAGUGGAGCAGGAGAUCCGCAUGGUGAGGCAACGUGAAGAGGAGUGGAGGAGGCAGAGGGAGGAGAUGUGGAGGAAGAGGAGGGAGGAGGAGUGGAAGAGGGGGAGGGAAAGGUACGACACCGUGCUAGUGUCCCCCGGGCUCAACGACAACAUCAGCUACACUGUUCCAGAGGUUCCAGACAGAUGUGUCUCCUCCCCCUCCUCCCCCUCUAGGACCCGCAAAAUGGAACGAUCCAGUUUGUCAUGUGACCAAAAGUACCCCCCGUCUCUCUCCUCAGCACCAAGGCGAAAGAAUACCAUGGCUCAGAGGUGGGAGGCGUCCCUGUUAGCCAAUCAGAAGAAGGAGUGAUCAUCAUCGAAGAUGUUCAGCUGUCAGCCAUGUGAACACCACAAUAAUCCGGUGGGUUCUGACGGGUCAGAGACAUUUAUGAUUAUUGAUAGAUGAAAUGAUGGAUUCAUAAUUGAUGAGGUUUAAAUGAAAGAAAACGUCAGACUGGAUUCUGCACAAUGUCUCAUGCAGUCUACUGUGGAGAAAAACUUCCCUCUGCAGAUGUUUCCUUGAAUAUUUAACACCUUGUGGACUUUGGCUCAUGAGCUGUCACUUUAAAAAUGAUAGUAAUAAUAAAAAAGAAUUCAAAUUGCACUCUUCAUAAUACAGCUGUUCCUGACAUGUGGCCUAUAUUUUAUAUUUGAUGUAAACUUGUAGAGGCACAUGUGAAAAACUGUGGUAUUUUCCUUUAAUGUUUAAUAUUAACAGCACUUUUAUUUAAAUAUGUGAUUGAGCCAUGAAACUAUUCUUUGUUUUUUCUAUAAAUAUUUAUAGCAUCACUGGCUGCACUGAUUUUCAGGCAUUUUCAGACACGGGUUAAAAUUUAGGAGUGUGUUACACCCAUAUUCAAGUACAUUUGACCCAGAAGUCCAGGUAAUGUGUUCAGAUUACACUAUCACAACAUUCUGUCAUGUAUACAUUCUAAAAGUGUGAGAGCCAAAAAUCCUCAUAAAAAUUGAAAAGUAAUGUAAAGUAAAUCUGGAAAAGAUUGCAAAAAGUGGCAUAUAUAGCAGAAUUUUUGUUGAUUUUCUGAAGCCAAAUAUUGUCUUCAGGAGGAACUGAGUUGGAGUUGUAGGACUUGGAAGUCGACUGAGAUGAUGAGUGUGUAUGUGAUAGAAUGUUGGGACUCUCUUGGUGAGAUCUAAGCACAUGUCUCUUGGAGAACAGCACAGCAACAACAGGCAUAGCUAACAUGAUUGGUCAAUCUUCUGCCUGUUUCUUAUUGGUUGGUUCACCAAAGAAUCAAAGAGCAGGAAUAUGUUUUAAGCUAGCAGAGUAAGUUUCGCACAUGAUAAGCCAUGGCAGAUAAAUAUUUUAUUUUUCCACAUUUUGCUGUAAUAACAAAUAAAUUUGGGUUUUCCUGACCUACUUAUUUAUGUUGUUAUUUAAGAUUUUUUAGAAAGCUUUAAUUUUCCUGGUGACAUGAUGAUUUCUUGGGAUCUUUAGAAAACAUUCAAAAUAAAGACGUUAUUAAAGGUGAAAAUAAUUAAAAUCAAAUGUAUGCAUGCAGGUCCUUCUAUGGCUUCUGUAAUUAUGUUCUUGUUUAAGUGCUUGUUUUGUUCUAUACAGAACAGGAUCAGGACCAUUGUUUUUCUUUUUCGAAAUCAAACUUUUUUCAGGUUCAGACUUUUUAUUCAGCAUUCUGACUUGUUUCAUUUAAUUCUUACUUUUUCUCUGAAUUUCAACUUUUUUUUCAGAAUGAUGAUAUUUCUCUCAGAACUCUAGCUUUAAUCUAACUUUGAUCUCUGAGUUGUGACGUUAAUCUCAUAAUUAUUGUUUUGAUCUCAGAUUUCUAACUUUGAUCUCAGAAUUCUAACUUUGAUCUCAGAGUUCUAACUUUGAUCUCAGAAUUCUAACUUUGAUCUCAGAGUUCUAAUUUUGAUCUCAGAAUUCUGACUUUAAUCUCCAAUGCUGUGUUGUUUUUCUUUGAAUGCUGACUUUAAUAAAGGAAAUUUGCCUCAUUUCUCAAUAUUCUGACUUUUUCUCAGAAUUCUGAUGAUAAUCUCAAAAUUCGAACUUUUUCUUUGACAGCUGACUUUAAUGUCAGAAUUCAUUCUUAACUUUCAGAAUUCUCACUUUAAUCUCAGAAUUCUGACUUUAAUCUCAGAAAUAAAAACUGCCUUUUUUUUCUGUCAGAGUUCUGACUUUAAUCUCAAACAUCUGAUGUUUUUCUCAGAAUCAAAACUUUGUUCUAUCAGAAUUCUGACUUUUCCCCAAAGUUAAAAAAUGUGUCUCAAACAGAGUUUUUCAAUGGACUUAUACUCUUCUUUAGUUCUCCCUCUUGUUCACUCACAUGCUUUGUCUGAGGACUGCAAACUGCGAGAAGUCCUCAUUGAAGAUAUGUGAGUUGUUGGAAGGUUUUGUGAAUUUGUUUUUCAGUAUCUCAUCAGGGAGGUGGUGGUGGAUUCUGGAAGAAAAUAAAAUUUUAAUGACAUAUUUUGAAUUUGACAGAGGUUUGUUGAAUUUAGAAGCUGACAGAUAAAUUAAAACAACUAAAGCUAGUUUUGCAAUACAUGAAUUGGGGGCUUGAUUUAGUCCUGUAUUGUUUGAAACUGUCUCCCAUGAAUCAAAAUUGAGGUUUGAAACUCUCCCUGUGUGUCAUCAUCCAAAGGUAUGAAGAACAUGUGAACUCUACUACUGUGUCUGAGGUCACCCUUAAAACGAGGGUCUGUGUCAGUGUAGUGGUCGCAUUUGCAGCUUUGUGUGGCCAUUAGCAGCGGUAGCAUGGUGUGUACGUAUAUAAAUCCAACUGAUGUUAUUGGUAAGGAUUGGUGAUCAAACCAUGUAUAUCGGUCUCUUCUGAAACAGACCGAUAUUAUAAAGAGUAGAUUUUUACUUAUUUUUAUGUCCUGCAAUGUUUCCUACAGAGAUGUACUGUAUUGUAUUUUUGCUGCAUAUAUUUAUAAACCCUGCACUGCUUUGGAUCCUAAAGCUUUAUUUGUAAAAGAAUGACUAUUUGGAAAUGGAUGUCUGCCAUGUUUUCUAAAGGAUGACUCAUGUAUGCUGAGUGUGCAUGUUUGCACAAAUGUGUUAUAAGCCAUCAUUCAUUCAUUACUUAGUGAGAGGUCAAACUACCUUCUAAAGGUUACUCUCUUUUUUUAACUGAUCGACUCAUAUAAUAGAAUUAAAAAGAGCUCAUGAGGGAUCAGAGGAAUUUAAAAUGUAAGAAAUGAUGCAGCAUUACAGUCCUACUGAAAAUCAAUAUUCAAACCCUUUUGAUAGCACUCUGACAAAAAUAGAUGUCCCAGACACCCAUAAUGGAUAAUCUAUUGCUUUAAUUACAUUAAAAAUUGCACUCAAACCUGUGCACAGUACCAUUCUUAAACGAACACUCUAGUACCUUUUUCAAUAAGUGAUAAAUCCUCCAACCUUCAGUACUGAAAAAUGAAGCAAAUGUUGAUUUCCUCAGAAAUCUGCAGUACCUCUCAUGUCCACCAGAGGCUGUCUUAAAGGCAGCAGAAGCCCCAUUCACAGCCAUGUUAAAACCUCCAUUUUUACAGUAGAAAUAAAAAUGUUUACAGCCUGGAUAAAAAAAAAUUUCGGUCAGAAAAAUGUAUGUUUUUAUGGACAGUCAGUGUGUAUUACUGCCAGGGGAUUUUUAAUUUGAAAUGAGAAAUCCAUAAUCAAGAAAUAAACUGUUUCCCAAUAAGUGUUUAAAAUCGGAAAAAAAAGCGCUGCUCUUUGCCUUUCAACUGUUCAUAUCAAACUGGAAAUCAAAACACAAAACAAACUUUUUUUCAUUUUCCAUUUCCUUCCUUUCUAAAAUGAAUUGAAAAAAUAAAGAGGUUUGUUUUUUCCGUCUUUUUCGGGGUAUCUUUUUUUAUUCUGAUCAAAAAAGAUCAAAGAACAGAACGUUGCUGAUGUAACAUGUAACAGCAGGUUUUAUAUAGGGAAGAAAAGAAUGUUACACCAGCAACGUUCUGUUCUUUAGGCUUCCUUUAGUUAUCAGAACACAAAACCAAAAAAAAAAUGGAAAAAAAAACAUUUCACAUUUUUACAAUUCUCUUUAAGGAAAUAGAAAAGGAGACAUGGAAAACAAAAAAGGGAAGCAUUUAUUUGUUUUUGUUUUCCAAACUUAAUUGAGAAAAUAAUGUUAUAUUUUUUAUUGUAAUUUAUUUUUUUUUUCUGAUCAAAAAAGGAAGAUCAAAGAACUGAACACAGGUGAUGUAACAUUCUUUUUUUCAGAACACCUUUUAGCAGGUCAAGUACAGGAAAAAGAAAGUAAUAGCAACCGCAUUUUUUUUUAUUAUUAUUUUUUAGAAACUUUAAAAAGAGAACAGGGAAAAAAAACGAGAAACAAAGUACAAAAGUCAUUUCAUUUUUUCCUGUAUUUUUUUUUUAUUUAUUUAAUAUGAACUAGCUAGGCCAAGGGCAGUUUUUUUUCAAGUUUUCUUACCUAUUUUUAAACAAUAAUUGGGAAACUUGUUUUUGAUAUUGAUUUGUCAUUUCAAAUUAAAAAUCAGUCGGCUGUAAACUACAUUGACCAUGGACGCACUGGAUGUGGUGCUUUUAUAACUCAUCUGUUUUGGUUUGAAGAAUGAUAGGAGUUGUGCAUAAUUAGUGGUGUGGCUGAUAUGACUACAGGCCAGUGUGUUCUAGCUGUUUGUCAGGAGUGUUUUUUAAUUGGCUGCUAUCAUAGAGCGGACUCAAAGGACCGCUUCGGUAAUUAAUGGGUAACACCCCUCUUUCAGUCCUUCCUGUAGUGUAUGGAUCCAUACACUCAGCAUACUCUCUCUCUGAUACACACCUGGAUUCACACCUGUUUAGUUUUAAUCCUGAUUCUCUGAGACUCAUUAUCUCUCCAUGAACACGGCUCGUAGUUUAACAAGACUUUCUAUUUCUGAUAUAAUCUCUGUCCUCACGUUGAUAGAGCUCUGGUUAAUUAACACUGUCUAAAUAUUUAUUAUUGAUAAUAACGUCUCUAUUUUUUUCCUCAUUGAUCCUCAUUCUGUUUGAUUUUAGUUUGUUGGCCUUGACUAAAUCAUGUUUUAUUGACUUGAUCAUGUAUUAUCGAUCCACUCAUGUAUUACUGAAAUAUUCAUGUAUUAUUUACUUAAUAAUAGAAUACUGAGUUAAUAAUGUACUAUUGACUCAAUCAUGUAUUAUUGAGUUUAUCAUAGAUUACUGAGAUGAUCUUUGAUUG